AUGCCACGAGCUGUCAAGCCACCACUUAAUGGACUCUUUGCGCUCAACAAGCCUUCAGGGGCGACAGCCAUGUCUCUGCUCAACGAGUUGCAAAUUCUCUUUGCCAGCUCGAAAUUAUUCAGAGAUCCCAAUUCGGGCGACUAUGCAGCUACAUCGAGCUUCAAGGGCAAGUACAGGGGCAAGAAGAAGUGGCAGAAGGGCAAACAAAAGGGUGACAGGAUCAAAAUCGGUCAAGGCGGCACACUUGACCCCCUUGCCGAUGGCGUACUGGUUGUCGCUGUCGGCAGCGCAACGAAACAUCUUUCGCAGUUCCUAGAAUGUACAAAGGAUUAUACUUCAAUCGGUCUCGUCGGCUGUGCGACAGAUUCAUACGAUGCCAAAGGUAAAAGGGUCAAAGAAACGCCGUUCGGCCACGUCACGCGACAGACGGUAGAGCAGGCUCUCGUCGGUCUUCGUGGCGACAUUCUCCAGAUACCUCCGAUAUACUCUGCUCUGCGAAUGGACGGAAAGCACUUGUAUGACUAUGCUAGGGCCGGCGAGCCUUUGCCGAGGCCGAUACCUGCACGGCCUGUCACGGUCUCUGAGCUCGAGUUGCUCGAUUUUCGGUUGGGCAGCGAACAUGAUUAUGUCAACCCCGAGGCUUCGCUAAGCGAAAUAGAGAGAAAGCUUAUGCAAGACUCGGAGAAGCUGGUCGCUGACAACCUGGAAGCGGGCGUCAAAGUGCCUGCGACGGUCGUCAAUGCUGCAGACCAAAGCGAUAUCGCGUCCGGGACAAGCGAUGCCAAGCAGCCAAUCUUCGAGAUCAAGAUGAGUGUCAGCAGCGGGACCUACGUUAGGACUAUCGUACAUGAUAUCGGCGUCGCGAUGGGCACAUCAGCCCAUGUCGUCAAGCUCACACGGACCCGCCAAGGCAGAUUUUACCUAGCCGGCACACAGCCUAAGUUGAGUGUAGCAAGUGGCACGAGCAAAGGCAAGGAGACCUCGCAAUCGGAAAAUGAUGAGUUGCUCCCAUCAGAAGAGACCAUCGAAUGGAACGUCUUUGCUAGUGCGUUGGAUGACCUCAAGGAGCGCAAGGAUGACGCAGAACCCAGUGAGGCCUACGCAGAAUGGGAGCAAAUACUGCUACGGCAUAUGCAUAUAGUGUAA